GUACACAUGUGGAUCUGCGCAGCGGGCGUGCGUGCGCCCGCCGCCCGUGCCAACGACGCGACUUACUUAUAUUUCUCACAAUUUCUUUUACGGAAUUAAUAACCUAAAAUUAAACAUCCGUCCGUUCCUAUCUUUUUCUUUUGAACAAAUCAUACAAAUUCUCGUAUGAUUCUUUCUUGGUUUUCCAGAUAACAUACGCAUUGCGUCCCGUGAUAUUGUUAGUGAUCACUAGCCAUGCUAGCCAUGAAUACCUAUUAACUUCCUCUGGAAUACUGCCGAAUUUCCGCUGACGGCGACCUUAACCUUUUGUUGAUAGGACUCUAUAUCAUGGCUCUACGUCGUGGAAAACGUAAUCUAAAACUGCAGGUCUCCGACGAAGCGCCUACACCAGUGACUCCACCAAGAAAUUUAGACAAACGAACUACCAUUACUAUAGAUGAAAAAAUGUUUGUCGUAGAAGCUGAUGAUUUAGAAACACUUUGUGUACUUGGUCGUGGAGCAUAUGGAAUUGUUGAUAAAAUGAGACACAAACAAAGUGGUACAAUUAUGGCUGUUAAGAGAAUAGCUGCUACUGUUAAUACACAGGAGCAAAAGCGGCUACUCAUGGAUUUAGAUAUUUCCAUGCGUAGCUCUGCGUGUCCCUACACAGUACAAUUCUAUGGAGCCUUAUUUCGAGAAGGAGAUGUAUGGAUAUGUAUGGAAGUGAUGGAUAUGAGUCUUGAUAAAUUUUAUACGAAAGUGUAUAAACAUGCUCGUGCCAUUCCUGAAGAUAUCCUAGGAAAAGUGGCUUUUGCAGUAGUGAGCGCGCUACAUUACCUUUAUUCACAAUUACGAGUGAUUCAUAGAGAUGUAAAACCUAGUAAUAUCUUAAUUAAUCGAAAAGGCGAAGUAAAAAUUUGUGACUUUGGUAUAUCAGGAUAUCUUGUGGAUUCAGUUGCAAAGACCAUUGAUGCUGGAUGCAAACCGUAUAUGGCUCCAGAAAGGAUAGACCCAUCGGGUAACCCAUCGCAAUAUGAUAUCAGAUCCGAUGUCUGGUCAUUAGGUAUUUCCCUCGUUGAACUAGCAACUGGUAAGUUCCCAUAUGAGUCGUGGGGUACGCCGUUCGAGCAACUAAAACAGGUAGUCAAGGACGAAGCCCCGAAAUUACCUGUGGGAAAGUUUUCUCCUUCAUUUGAGGAAUUUAUUAAUAAGUGUCUAAUGAAAAACUACACUGCCCGCCCAAAUUACAGUCAAUUGUUAGAACUUGACUUUAUCAGAGAAUAUGCCCAAAGAGAUACAAAUGUGGCCGAAUUUGUUGGAGAGAUUUUAGACUUACCGGAAAAUGAACAACCGGUAUAGUGUAUACGUCAUUUUGACGUAGCUUGCAAUAUAAUUUAACUUAAAACUUGUAUUUUUGCAAAACAGUCAUGUGAUUGGCAUUGUUAUGUGUAAUUUACAUUCGUGAAUUGCGUUUGAUCAUUGUGUCGCAAGAUAUAAC